AUGGCGACUACACUCUCCGCUGGCGGGUCCGAUAUACCCGCUCGGUCCCAGUCUGUUCGGACGCGCCGACCACCAACGUCGUCACGACCCGACCCCGUUCCUCGAUCCGAAUCGUCGACCCGGGCUGAAGCGUCACGCCCCCACCGUCGCAGCGGUAGUCAGCGCUCGACGACGGCACAAUCGCCUCGACACGAGAUGCCCCCUCCCUCUGUGCACAGCAACAACCCCCCAGCUGCCGAAGAGCCUCGCGAUCGCUCCGCCGAACAGCAGUCGCAGCGGCAGUCGAAGCACAGAUAUCGCACCGUCAUCCCGGCCCCGUCGGGAAACUAUGCCUUCAUAAAGACAAUCGGGCAGGGCAGCAUGGGCAAGGUUAAACUGGCCAAGAAAGAGGGAACAAAUGAUUUGGCAAGUUUCACCGCAUGCCUUGCAUGCCUGCUUCGGGGGGGCAGUAUCGUUGCGUGUAAGAUCAUCGAGAGAGUAUCUGCCGACGACGGACGAACCAGCAAGGAAGACCGCGAGCGGUCCGAUGCCGCUCGAGAGGAUCGUAACGCGCGCGAAGCUGCCAUCGUCAGCUUGUUGAACCAUCAAUACAUUUGUGGGCUUCGCGACAACCUGCGCACGCGAUGGCAUUGGUACAUGCUUUUCGAAUACGUCAACGGCGGCCAAAUGCUCGACUACAUCAUCUCUCACGGGAAGCUCAAGGAGAAGCAAGCCCGGAAGUUUGCGCGGCAGAUUGCGAGCGCAGUCGACUAUUGCCACCGGAACAGUAUCGUCCAUCGCGAUCUCAAAAUCGAGAACAUCCUGAUCAGCAAGACGGGAGACAUCAAGAUCAUUGAUUUUGGCUUGAGCAACUUGUUCUCACCAGACGAAGACAGGAAACUCAAGACGUAUUGCGGCAGUCUUUACUUUGCCGCCCCCGAGCUGCUGCAAGCAAGGCCUUACACGGGACCAGAGGUGGAUGUCUGGAGUUUUGGCGUGGUUUUGUUUGUGUUGGUCUGCGGAAAGGUGCCGUUUGACGACCAGUACAUGCCCGCUCUCCACCAGAAGAUCAAGAAGGGCGUUGUGGACUAUCCUAACUGGUUAUCUGGCGAGUGCAAACACUUGAUCUCCCGAAUGCUUGUGACGGACCCGAGGCAGCGCGCGACGAUGCACGAGGUCAUGAACCACCCAUGGAUGCUCAAGGGGUACAAUGGCCCACCGGAGAAUUACCUUCCCCAACGCGAACCCCUCCGGUUACCACUUGAUGAGGACGUCAUCACUCACAUGACGGGAUUCAAGUUCGGCCCGCCAGACUUCAUCCGGGACGAGUUGACAAAGAAGAUUUCCUCGCCCAAAUACCAAUCAGCGGUUCGGCGCUGGGAGAAAGAGAAGGAGCUGCCACAACCAACCCUGAAGGAUGUCGAGAAGAAACGUGGUUUCGGCUUCGAUUUCUACAAGAGGAGAAAUUCGGUCACCAGCAAGGACACGCUCACUAACGGCAGCUCUGACGGUUUGGCCCUUGGCGAAGAUCCGCUCAAUGCGUUUGACCCCAUGGUGUCCAUUUACUACCUCGUGCGAGAGAGGAUUGAACGUGAUCGACAAGAAGCCGCCUCUACUCAACCGGCGAUGCCAUUGAAAGUGCAAGUUCCGCCGUCCCCGCAACAAAACCAACCCCUCGCUGUUCCGUCAUCGCCCAUCCCGCGGCCAAAGGAGAAACACUCCCUCGCAGAAAUCGUCCCGCCAAAGCCGGCACACACCGAGGCUGGCCGAUCGCGGCAGAGGGCAAGGUCACACAGUGAGGAUCAGGUUAGGGAAACGGUCCAAAAUGGCUUACUCUCUCCCGACAUGGUGCCGCAGAAGAAGGGCAACGGCCCGGUGUCUCUCCUCAGGAGGCUCAGCACGCGUGACCGGAGGAAAGAGACGCCCGAGGCUAGGACAAGCGGCCUUAUGCAAAAGUCCGUCUCGAUGCGCGCUAAGUCACUCGGCCAUGCCCGUCGGGAGAGCAUCCAGGCGCGCCGCGCCAAGCGCGAAGCUGAGCGCGACCAACUUGAGCCUCCCAAGACACCACACCUUCAGGAGCCGCCCGUCCGGGAGGAGACCGACGCCGAGCUCGGCCUCGAAGCCGAGGGCGGUGAGACCAGCGGUGGCUCACACGAGCGGCUUGAACCCGAGGAUCCCGACCUCGCCAAGCCCGUUUUCCUCAAGGGUAUCUUCAGUGUGUCAACCACGUCGACCAAGCCGUUGCCCGAGAUCCGUGCCGACAUCAAGCGAGUGCUCAAGCUUCUCGGCGUCGACUUCACUGAGAUCAAGGGCGGUUUCAGCUGCUCGCAUGCGCCAAGCAUUGCCGAAGAGGAUCGUGAGCGGUACCAUUCGCACUCGCGCUCGCAUUCCAACACGCGCGCCUACUCACCUGGCGGCAAUGGUACCGAUGCCGGGCAGCGUGAGUCCAGGCGCGUGGUGGAUGGUGAGAUCCGGUUUGAGAUCCUCAUUGUCAAGGUCCCCAUCGUCAGUCUGCACGGCGUGCAGUUCAAGCGGGUGGGGGGUAACACGUGGGAAUACAAGGCCAUGGCGGAGCAAAUCGUUCGGGAACUGCGGUUGUAA